GUUGAAACUACUACAAAUUAAACAUUCAUCAGGAUUUAGGAUAUAUAGUACAAAUUUCUGGAUAAAAUGAAAUGUUCAUGGCGCUGUAAAUCCUCAAGAAGAUAUGUCAGACGUCAGAAUUUGCCUAGUAUAGUCAACAGAUGGCGCCACAUAUCAUCAAGAAGACGUUUUUGAGCAAAUACGGGUUAUUCGGGUUCACAGUAC